ACAGAACCCUGUGAUUCUCGCAUCGUGGGUUCCUAUGUUGGCAAAGCAAAGGAGACGACAAUUAGGACAGUAUUAAAAUCGGAGCUUAAAUCUCAAGUGAUCAUGACUGAACAUGCUGAUAAGAACAAGAUUAUAUUUCUUUACAUUUUACACACAGAUCACGGACAUUUUUCAACCCUAUGAAAAUUAUGAAUGUUGAUGACAAAUCAUGGAAAUCAUUCAACCCUAACCCUAAUUUAAGAAAUCAUGCAACUCUAACUGUUGCAUGGUUUUACACACAGAUCAUGGACAUUGCUCAACCCUAUGAAAAUUAUGAAUGUGGAUGACAAAUUAGGAAAUCAUUCAACCCUAACCCUAAUUUAAGAAAUCAUGCAACCCUAACUGUUGCAUCUCAAUAUGCACAAAAAUGAUAAUAAUCAAGAAUGACUAAAACCAAUUAUUCAGGAUUGAUUCCAGAAAUCAACUUUGUAAAACAUCUAUGAUUACAUACGUUGUGGUUGAGUUUGAAAAAGAGAAGACAGUGGCAAUUGUUUGCCGAACAUGGAUUGUGGCAGAUGGAAAUGGAUUGAGCUGCUAUUGGCCUCCAUCUGAGCCAUCCAAGAAGGCAAAGAAUGGAGAACUGCCAGAUGCCAAGACUUGGAAACUUUUCAAGAUAAGAAUUUUAGAAAAAUCGUUUACAUCAAAUUACCAAAAAGCCUUGAAGUACCUGAAACGUGCCGAGGAGCUUUCAAAUGUUGAAACAGAUGGGGACUCCCAAAUGAUAAAAAAAAGAGCACACAAGCGACCAAGUCGUUUUGAAAGCGACACUGAGGAUGAAUUGGUCACACCAAAGCGUCCUCGUUUCCAAUGUAUGGCUGGAAACAGACCACAAGCUCCAGUCUUCGAGGAGAAUAGGCAACAGCACAAGCCACAAGACAGCAGAAAUGCUACAACACCUUGCCCAUCAACAUCAGCAUUGUCCUGUAAAACUGGAUGUCAGGGGACUGAUGAUAAAGAGCAAAAUUACCUCACACUUAAUAGAAAACUUGAUGAAGUCAUAAGAGAGCUGCGUCAGUUACGGGAAAUCAUACUGCAACAGCAACAGCAGCAAGAAGUUGAAGAACAGGCCAACAUUGAACAGAUGCAGACAGAAGAGCAGCUGUCUGCAUUCUGUGUAAAACUGACUCAAGAAAGUCAAUUUAGAAAAUCCAUGAUGGCAUUCAGUGUGAGACUGUGUUCUGGCACAGUUGGCCAAUCAGUCAGAAGAAUAAUGCGGGCAAUCGGAACAAAUAUGCUAUGGUCCAAAUACAGCCUGAAAGGAAGAAAGGGGAAAAGUGUGUUUCAGGACCUUUCUGUGAUGCGACUGAUCACAAGAGCAUGCCUUCAAACAUUUAAGACAGCCAAGAUGCCAGAGAUAGAGGGAGAGGUGGCAGAGUUUUUGAAGCAUGCCCCGCAUAAACGUGGAGGACCAAAAACCCUCAGGACUGAUGUGCCCACAGCAGAAGAUGAUGAUGAGACCCAAAUUGGACAGGUACAGUUUCAUAUGUUGUUUCACAAAUUAAAUGAGGUGAUGGACUAACUGUAGGCUAGGACAAACAACUGAUUUAAUUGCAAUGAUUUGAAUUUCAGUCUCCUCCACUCUUCCAAUCCGACAGCGAAGACUGUUAAUGUCAAUUAAUUUGUCCUGGUUUUGUAUUUAUAGUUCCAUGUUUCUUGUUUUAAAUUGUUUUGUCUUAAAGUCGUUUUUGUGAUGUUAAGAAUGUUUCCCUGUUUACCUUUAAAUUAUUUUAGUUAAAAAUGAAUUUCAAAAUUAAAAUUUC